AUGGAGCCCCAUGUCAAGCAGCAGACCAUUAACUUCGGAGCCGGGCCCGCCAAACUCCCGCCACCGGUGCUGCUUCAAGCCCAGAAAGAGCUCAUCAACUACGAUGGCAUUGGGAUCAGUGUUCUUGAAAUGAGCCACCGAUCGUCGGAAUUCACCCAAAUCAUAAACAAAGCAGAAAGUCUUCUACGAGAGUUGCUAAAGAUUCCAGACAACUACAAGGUGAUGUUCCUGCAGGGCGGCGCUUCGGGCCAGUUCAGCGGCGUCCCCCUCAAUCUCAUCGGCCUCAAGGAGGACAAGUGCGCCGACUACAUCGUGACGGGCACAUGGUCGGCCAAGGCGGCCAAAGAGGCCGAGAAAUACGGCAAAGUCAACGUGGUGCACCCCAAGAUGGAUAGCUACACCAAAAUCCCAGAGCCCGGCAGCUGGAACCUGAACCCGUCGGCGUCCUACGUGUACUACUGCUGCAACGAAACGGUGCACGGCGUGGAGUACCACUUCACCCCCGAGACCAACGGGGUCACCCUCGUCAGCGACAUGUCCUCCAACUUUCUGUCGCGGCCCGUCGACGUUUCCAAGUUUGGUCUGAUUUACGCGGGCGCUCAGAAGAACGUGGGCUGCGCAGGGGUGACGGUGGUUAUCGUGCGGGAGGAUUUGAUAGGCCACGCCCAGAAAGAGUGCCCCAUCGUGCUGGACUACAAAGUGCAAGCAGAGAUGAAGUCGCUGUAUAAUACGCCGCCCUGUUUCAGUAUCUACAUCAUGUGCCUGGUUCUGGAGUGGAUUAAAAACAAUGGCGGCGCUGCAGCCAUGGGGGCGCUUAACAAGCGCAAAUCCGAUUUGAUUUACGACACCAUCAACUCUUCCGAUGGCUUUUAUGUGUGCCCGGUGGACGAAAAGUGCCGAAGCCGCAUGAACAUCCCCUUUCGUAUUGGGAAGAAAGAAGGCGACGAGGCCUUGGAAAAGGAGUUCCUCAACGGAGCGGCCAAACGCGGAAUGAUCUCACUCAAAGGACACAGAUCAGUCGGGGGUAUCCGUGCCUCUUUGUACAAUGCUGUAACGUUGGAGGACACGGAAGCUCUGGCCCACUACAUGAAGGAAUUCCUGAAAGAGCAUCAGUGA